AUGACCAUCACUCGCAUGGAUCCGAUUCUCUAUAAUGCUGCAGCAAAAGGCAACAUCUCGUAUUUCAAAGAUCAUAGCUUCGAACGGCCACUAGAAGCCUUAUUAACACCACUCCAAAUUUUCAUCACAUCCCUAGAAAAUCAGAUAGAAUCAACAGAAAAUAACUUUGUGGGAGAGAUACUCAACAUGUGUCCCUCACUCUUAUGUCAAGUCAAUGUCAAAGAUGAAACUUCAUUACAUGUCGCAGCAAGGUAUGGGCAUGCUAAUAUCGUUAAAGUUCUGAUCGACUGUGCAAGAGAUCAUCCACAUAAUCAAGAUCCUGGAAGCGGGGUUGAAGUAGUCAGGGAUAUGCUUGGGAUGGUGACCAAGGAGAAAGACACCGCCUUACAUGAGACUGUACGUUAUAAUCACUUUGAAGUGGUAAACCUUUUAAUCCAUGAAGACCCAGAUUUUUCAUAUUCCGUUAAUGAUGCUGGGGAGACUCCACUCUACAUUGCCGUCGAGAGAAACUAUAAAAAUUUGGUGUUGGAAAUUUUGAAUACCUGCAAUUCACCGGCUUAUGAUGGCCUCUUAGGUAGAACGGCUUUGCAUGCUGCAGUAUUUUGGGAUAACAAAGGUCCUGCAUUUAUAGCUUUAUAA